AUGGCUGGGAAGGCUUGGCGAAAAAUUAUGCAGCUUCCGCCGCCACCAUCACCACCAGCAGCCGAACGCGCCUCUCUUGAUAUUUGGAGCCACUGUGCAGCUCCUUUUCCUUUGGAGAAGAUCCUUAAUUCUGGCAUCUACCUGGACACAGGCAUUCCUUUAUCGCCCUCAUCUCCUACUCUCAGUAAAAAAGCCAUCAGGACCUCGGUGUCAAAAGACAGCAAAAAAUACCUCACCGUCCCUCAGAGCCACCACUUUGUGCGCGUUGACCAAGCCAGUGGGCGAUCGGAGCCAGCCAGCUACAGGAAAACGUGCAACAGUCCUGUGAUUAACAACUAUCUGGAUGGGGCGCAACUUAGUGUCCCAGAAAGUACAUCUCCUGGAGGGAUGCAUUUCCGAGACAGCAAGAGGAAAGUGGACUACGUCUUAGUCUAUCACUAUCGAAAGCAUUCCUCAGUCCCUGGUGGUGAUCCUCCAGGCCCCUUACAGAGGCCGGUGUCCUUGGCUAUUAUUUCUAAUGGGGAGACAGCCAAGAGCCAGCAGAAACAGCAGGAGGGAUCCACUCCGGAGGCCCAGGUCAUCGAUCUGACUCCACAGGAUGCUUUGGAGGGAGCAAAACAGGAGCAGAGGGAGGAGUUUGAACGCAACCUGAUAGAAGCUGGUCUGGAGUUAGAAAAGGAUGUGGAGAACAAGAGUCAAGGAUUAAUUUUCGUCCGAAUACAUGCACCAUGGAAUGUACUGAGCCGAGAAGCAGAGAUUCUGAAAAUCAAAAUGCCCACUAAAAGAACUUAUGAAAUCAAAGAAGAAGGAGGAAUUGUCAAGAAGCUGUCUUCGGUGUGGCAGAAAUUUACAGAACCAUUGCAGCCUAAAGUGCCAGAGCAAAACGCCACUAGAAUGAAGAAUUUAUCCUACCCCUUUUCCAGAGAAAAAGUAUAUUUGUACAACAUUCAAGAUAAAGAUACAUUUUUUGACAAUGGCACCCGCAGUCGAAUUGUACAUGAAAUUUUGAAGCGCACAUAUAGUUCAAAAGCCAAAAAUAGCAUGGGUAUUAACACAUUAAUAGCAAAUAAUGUUUAUGAAACAGCUUAUCCCCUACAUGAUGGUGAAUAUGAAGGUGAAAGCAAGGAAAUGAAUGAAAGAAAGCUGUUGUAUCGAGAGUGGGCACGAUACGGAGCAUUUUACAAGUUUCAGCCUAUUGACCUCAUAAG